GAGCGGUGGGCAGGACGUUCGUACGCAACGCGGCGCCCCAAGAGAGCCUCAUGCCUGACGUGUUCAAGGAGAGCCCUGGCGCUCCGGGCCCCGCGCCCACCAAGGGCAUCAGUGAUAACAACCCACGCUACCGCAGCAAGAAGUGGGUCCACGACACGCCCGGUGUGGUCCAGCCUGACCAGCUGGUGAGUCUGCUAACACACGAGGAGCUACAGGAGGCCCUCCCCCAGUCCCCCAUCGUCCCCCAGACGUUCAGGGUGAGGAGGGGCACCUCCCUCCUGCUGGGGGGCCUCGCCCGCCUCGACAUCCUCUACGUGCACCACCCAGUGCCCCGCAGCAGGCGACUUAAGCCUUCUGAUUACGUCCUGGCGACGGUGUUCCGCUCGAACGCGCUGCCGGUAUCCGUGAUACGGACGGUGGAAGCGUCCGCGUUCUACCGCGACAACCUGGGGGGCAAACUGCUGGGGGUGCCGCGUCACGGAGGGGAGAUGCUGGGGACGCCAUACCCCGAGAGGGAGCUUCUGGGGACACCGCGCCCUGGGGGGGAGCGUCUCAAGUUCUGGCCCCCCUUGCUGCCCUCGGACACCUUCAGGGUGACGGGCGUGACCAACCUGUUGCCGCUGCCACGCGGCGCUCGGCUCAUAGCAUCAGCCGACCUCGUCCUGUCGUCUGCAGGCUGGGUAUCGCUGGCGGUUACCCCGUUCUCGGUAUGCGAGGUGCGGCUAUGGACGCCAGGGGGCCGCGGCAUGUACCUCAGAAGUCCUUCGUUCCUGCCCCACGCGCCGCUGCUGAGGGGGCGCCGUGCCCCUGGAUGCGUCGACUACGAGCCCCACCAACAACCUGACCCUGCCGAGCCCCCCGAACCCUCGGACAUCUUUAGAUCCUCCCCUCAGAACUAUGCUAAAUACCUUGGAUUACUAGACGAUGCCGAAUAAAUCUGUGAUACGCGA